AUGAAACAGCUUUCGAUUGCUGAUUUUGCGCCCCAGGUGGCCAGCUAUGCCUCAGGCACUCUUUUGUCUCCUGGAGAUGCUUCCAAGCUUACUUUGAUGAUCACUGAGCUCAUGCUCGACCACAACGUCGACUAUAAUCUUCUUAAAUUUUUGAGUAGAUUUCUCACUCCGCAAAGCUACGACGAGUUGAUCGAGGAACGGAACAUCGAGCACGAGUGUGGCUACAUAGUAUGUGACCAGUCACCAAAAAGACAAGUUCGGCGUUUAUCUGCCAAUAGUAACGGCACAACUACCGCCAAUGGAGAUCCUCAAGCCACCACAAAGUUUCAGAUAUACAAUAGAAAACCGUCAAUAAUCCUUCCCAAUACGUUUCUGAGCCAGUUUUGUUGCAAGGAACACUACCAAGCCUCACUUUUCUAUCGCAACCAGCUCAAAGAAGAGGCCCUCUUUGCCAGAGAACACAUUCUCACCACCCCGCCAUUUUCUCCGUCUGCCCCUCCGCAAUGGUACGAGAACGGAAUCAAGCUCUUGGAGGAGGUUCUCCAGAAACAUGAGGAACUUAGGGGUCUGGGAAAGACUCUCAGUGAUGUGAUAACGAUGAUGAACGGCAUGCAUAUUGCAGAUAACGACAAUAAGGACACUUCGAAUUUGAUCCAGCUUCUCGAGGACUUUGAUAUCGUGGAGAAGGAGGGUGGGCUCGACGGAGACAGCGCCAUUGUGGACGAAGAAGACGAGGAAGAUGUCGAUAAUGACUCUCAAGCACCAUUCAAUAACAAUCUAUCCCGAAGCAUUGACGGAUAUGUAACGUCCAACAAGAGCUUUGGAGGCUACGUAGUCUAA